AAUUGCACCCAGCCCAAGGCUCCAACGCCGUGAAGAAUUAGUAGAGAUGAUGGCUUACAGUAAAUAUGUCAGCUACCUAGUAGACGCCAUUCUGAUUGCAAGUAUCAUCUGGAGCGGAAUCUACCUCGCGCGCAACAGUGGAGAGCCGCGGGAAGCGGACGAGGACAGCGCGGAGGAAACGGUGUUCGGAGGUGCACCGCCACUCACACAACCGCAGCGAGAUUGCGACCCGAACUUCGUCACUACAAUUCCAGUUGUAGUGAGUUUGUCUUUCUCUGGUCAAAUGCGACUGAUAGACCCUUCAGAAAUGGAAAGUAUCGGCAAUGCUUUGUUAGACAAGCUAUUGGAGCAAUGCUACUGCAACGUCUCCCAAGACUGCCUGCAGUGGACGCUGACAAUCGAUGAGUUCGACUUCUCCAGAAGCGAUUACAGCACCUGCCCCACGCCGCGUGCCUGCACCAUAGAUAAUGUACACCCCAUUUCCUCCGACGGGGACCGGACGGACACGACAACUGCAAAGGUGUUUCUACUUGGACAGAAUGGACCUACCGACCCCGAAUGCAUAUUCUGCACCGUGCAAAAAGUACUCGAGCAAGCAGCAAAGACUCUGAAUUUGCCACCACACAUCGUCCAAGUAUUUAGCGAAAUCCCCAGCUAGCAACUACGGCUAGCUAUAUUUAUAGUACUUGCGCAUUUUGGCGAGACGUAGGCGCAUGCGCAAAAUAAUUAUUCAUAUGA